AUGAUUGCCAUGUUUGAAGAAACAGUAAAUUCUCGUGGGGAUUAUAAUGGAGCUUUUGGACAAUGGGUAUGUGCACAGGCUGUGUUCAGGGAACGCGUUCUCAGAUCCUGCUCAUCAGGACAUGAUAACAGUGAAGCCCUUCCAGAGUCUAUCCCAUCUGCUCCUGGAACGCUGCCUCAUUUUAUGGAGGAACCAGAUGAUGCCUACAUUAUAAAAAGCAACCCCAUUGUCUUACGUUGCAAAGCUAUGCCAGCUAUGCAGAUUUUCUUCAAGUGUAAUGGUGAAUGGGUUCAUCAAAAUGAGCACGUAUCUGAGGAAAGCAUGGAUGAGACUACAGGCUUGAAAGUGCGAGAGGUGUUCAUCAACGUGACAAGACAGCAAGUGGAAGAUUUUCACGGGCCAGAAGAUUACUGGUGUCAGUGUGUUGCAUGGAGCCAUUUAGGAACCUCAAAGAGUAGGAAGGCAUCUGUCCGUAUAGCUUAUUUACGGAAAAACUUUGAGCAAGACCCACAAGGGAAGGAGGUUCCUAUCGAAGGGAUGAUUGUUCUCCACUGUCGGCCGCCUGAGGGAGUUCCUGCAGCUGAGGUGGAAUGGCUAAAGAAUGAGGAGCCCAUUGACUCCAACCUGGAUGAGAACAUUGACACCAGAGCAGACCACAACCUCAUCAUUCGUCAGGCACGCCUGUCUGACUCUGGGAACUAUACCUGCAUGGCUGCUAAUAUUGUUGCCAAGAGAAGGAGCAUGUCUGCGACAGUUGUGGUAUACGUAAAUGGAGGCUGGUCAUCAUGGACUGAGUGGUCAAACUGUAAUGCACGGUGUGGUCGAGGCUGGCAGAAGCGAUCACGAACCUGUACCAACCCUGCUCCGCUCAACGGAGGUGCUUUUUGUGAAGGAAUGUCAGUGCAGAAAAUUACCUGCACUUCACUUUGCCCUGUGGAUGGAAACUGGGAGGUGUGGAGUGAAUGGUCUGUUUGCAGCCCAGAAUGUGAGCACUUGAGAGUUCGGGAAUGUGUUGCUCCACCUCCAAGAAAUGGAGGGAAGUAUUGCGAGGGCUUGAGCCAAGAGUCAGAGAAUUGCACUGAAGGACUUUGCAUACAAGAUAUUGAGAAUGCCAGCGACAUUGCCUUAUACUCUGGCCUGGGAGCAGCAGUCAUUGCUGUAGCUGUGCUGGUGGUUGGUGUUACCCUUUACAGACGGAGUCAGAGCGAGUACGGCGUGGAUGUGAUUGAUUCAUCUGCGCUGACAGGAGGCUUCCAGACAUUUAAUUUUAAAACAGUCAGACAAGGUAACUCCCUGCUUUUGAACUCAUCCAUACAGCCUGACUUGACAGUGAGCAGAACAUACAGCGGACCAAUCUGCCUGCAGGAUCCCAUGGACAAGGAGCUAAUGACAGAGUCUUCACUGUUCAACCCGCUUUCAGACAUCAGAGUCAAAGUUCAGAGUUCAUUCAUGGUUUCCCUAGGGGUGACAGAGAGGGCUGAAUAUCCUGGAAAGACACAUUCUGGAACUUUUCCUCAUGGGAAUAACGGGGGCUUUGGCACAAUACCUGCUAGAAACAAAGCUACAUACAUUCAGAACCUUUCUUCUAUUUCAACAAAAAGUGGGCUGAAGACGACUGCCGUUUUUGGACACCUGGGUGGCCGUUUAGUGAUUCCAAACACAGGAGUCAGUUUGUUGAUACCACAUGGAGCUAUCUCUGAAGAGAGUUCAUGGGAAAUCUAUCUUGCCAUCAGUCAAAAGGAGUCCAGCCUACAGCCAGAUGGCGCAGAUGUUCUUCUAAGUCCAGAAGUAAGUUGUGGUCCCUCGGACGUGUCUGUCAGCACUCCAUUUGCCUUGACUAUACCACACUGCGCAGAAUUAAAUUCAGAGCACUGGAAUAUUCACUUGAAGAAAAGGACACAACAAGGAAAAUGGGAGGAAGUGAUGUCUGUGGAAGAGGAAACUACUUCUUGCUACUGCCUGUUGGAUCCUUAUGCCUGUCACAUUCUCUUAAACAGCUUUGGAACUUAUGCUCUUGUUGGAGAGCCCAUCUCUGACUGUGCCGUUCGACAGCUGAAAGUAGCAGUUUUUGGAUGCAUGUCUUGCAAUUCUCUGGAUUACAAUCUGAGAGUAUAUUGUAUGGAUAACACACCUUGUGCAUUUCAGGAGGUGGUGCAGGAUGAAAGGCUCCAAGGAGGACAACUACUGGAGGAACCAAAACUUCUGCAUUUCCAAGGGAAUACCUUCAGUCUUCAGAUCUCUGUCCUUGAUAUUCCCCCUUUCCUCUGGAGAAUUAAACCGUUUACUGCCUGUCAGGAAGUCCCGUUCUCUCGCGUGUGGUGCAGUAACCAGCAGUCACUGCACUGUGCCUUUUCCCUGGAGCGCUAUACUCCAGCAACUACGCAGCUGUCCUGCAAGAUCUGCGUCCGACAAGUCAAAGGGCAUGAGCAAAUUCUACAAAUCCAGACAUCCAUCCUGGAGAAUGAGAGGGAAACCAUCGCUUUCUUUGCACAGGAGGACGGCCGCUUCCCUGCCCAGAUGGGGCCAAAAGCCUUCAAAAUCCCCUACUCUAUCAGACAAAGAAUAUGUGCAACUUUUGACACGCCCAAUGCCAAAGGCAAAGACUGGCAGAUGUUAGCGCAAAAAAACAGCAUCAACAGGAAUCUCUCUUAUUUUGCUACACAGAGCAGUCCGUCUGCUGUCAUUUUGGACCUCUGGGAAGCCCGACAUCAGCAUGAUGGUGACCUUGACUCCCUAGCGUGUGCUCUGGAAGAAAUAGGAAGGACACACUCCAAAAUCUCAAACAUAACAGAAACUGAGAUGGAGGAGCCUGACUUCAACUACAGUAGACAAAACGGACUUUAGUCAUCUCUCCUCCAUUCAAGAACUGAGGGCCAGCUUUGACUUUCACACUAGAGAAUCUCUGUGGCAGGGAGGACGUAAGGGUUUCUGCACACCGUGUAUAAGGAAACAGACCUUCCUCUCCACGAUGCAGUUUUCAUUUGGAGGAGCAGAAGAAGUCCCAUCAUAAAUCGUCUCAGUAAUAAGGAAAAUUCAAGCUUCUCCCUCUCCCGCAGCCCCCUCUCAUUUUAAAUUUUAAAGUGAGUGUUUUCAGCGUCGAAAACAAAUCUAUACGCCUAGCGUUCCCAGGGCAGGAAGGGGUGAGAUUAAGAGAGCCAUGAAAGGUAAAUACUACGAUGCACUAUAAUACAUCAUGCAAAACAAUAAUGCCAAUCAGAAGGAAAAAAAAUGCCUAGUGAUAAAUCAGUGAAGGUGACAUUGAAUGUUUAAAGCCACAAGAGGUUACAUCUAGUUUAAAGGGUUGUCGUCUUGGGGCCUUCAGUCCUGCAGCGCGCUAACUUAACCACGCUCCAUGAGUGGAUGUAAUACCCUUUGAUAGCAGCAUGGAGUCUCUUUGUAUUUGCUGUAAUCUAGCUGCAGGACAGUUGAAAAGUAGGCAUUACCCUAUUCAGACACUUGAGGAAUUAGAUGAUCUCAUACCUAUUUGUCAUCCAAGCAGUUCACUUCUUUUUAAAAAUUCAGUCAUUUAAGGAAUGUAUUUUUAUUGCAGCGUUUUCCUGGCUAUGCUGUUAACUAAGUAACACAACAAAAAAAAUUUUCUCUGUGAAAUUACUGUGCGCAUGUGCGCAACACGUGAAAUACUGUAGAGUUCUCAAGUCUGCAGACUUUCACAUUGCCAAAAAUGA